UGCGUAACUGAGCUCGUCGCUAAACUCUGCGAUCCUGCUCGAAUCGGAGAUCAGUUGGGUCGGACGAUCAGUAGCCGGUUUUCAGCCACAUUGGUGCGCGUGCGUAUACCGUACUGUGUGAGGGGCAAUAAACAUCGGCAUCGGAACCACCUUAUCGUCAGAUCAACCAAUCAACCGCCAUACCAACCAUGUGCGAGACAGGCGCAGUGAAUGCGUGUGAUAAUAAGUACAAGGAGUGGGAAGCGAACGAAGAAAUUCGCAUCUUUCGCGAGUAUCUGCGCAUCCCAACGGUACAUCCGAACGUGAACUAUGAUGAAUGUGUGGAGUUUCUCCGGCGUCAGGCAGCCUCUUUGGAUCUACCGGUGAAGGUGAUCGAGGUGAACCCGCGCAAACCCAUCGUUGUAAUCACGUGGGAAGGUACGGACCCGGAGGCGAAGUCUAUCAUCCUGAACUCGCACAUGGACGUGGUGCCGGUAUACGAAACGCACUGGACCCGACCACCCUUCGAGGCGGAAAUGGACCACGAGGGCCGCAUUUACGCGCGUGGCGCGCAAGAUAUGAAAUGUGUUGGGAUACAGUUCCUUGGCGCUAUACGAGCUCUGCAGCGGGAGGGCGUGCGCCUGAAGCGCACCCUGCACGCAACGUUCGUGCCGGAUGAGGAGAUCGGUGGCAAGCUGGGCAUGAUGGAGUGGGUUCAUAAGGAAUCGUUCCGUCAGCUCAACGCUGGAUUCUCCAUCGAUGAAGGAAUCGCCGGCGAAGGUGACGCCUUCCCGUUGUUCUAUGGCGAGCGUAGCGUUUGGCAUGUUUACUUCAAUAUUUCCGGCACGCCCGGCCACGGUUCGCUGCUGUUGAAGGGAACCGCCGGCGCAAAAGCACACUACAUUAUCGACAAGUUGAUGCGCUUCCGAGAAAACGAGGUAAAGCGGCUGGAAAAUAAUCCAGAGUACACGAUCGGUGACGUUACAACGGUUAAUAUCACCAAAAUGAAGGGAGGUGUUCAGGAAAACGUGGUUCCACCGGAGCUGUCUGUAUGUUUCGAUGUCCGCCUAGCAGUAGACGUAAACCAUCUGGAGUUUGAAAAUCAGUUGCUGGAUUGGUGCCGGGAGGCAGGCGGCGGUAUCGAGCUUGAGUACGACCAGAAGUGCCCAUACGUGAAGCCGACCGUACUCGAUAGCUCUAACAUAUACUGGGUAGCGUUCAAGGCGGCGCUAGAUGAGCUGGGAUUGAAGGUGAAGCCACAGAUCUUUCCAGGCGGAACCGACAGUCGCUACAUUCGUGGCGUCGGCAUUCCAGCGAUUGGCUUCUCGCCCAUGAACAACACUCCGGUACUACUGCACGAUCACGACGAGUUCUUAAAAGCCGAUACCUUCCUGGAGGGCAUUCGCAUUUAUACCAAGAUCGUUAAAAGCGUGGCCAACGCCUAGCCUGUCGGUAAAUUAUUCCCUUUCCCACAGUCCUUUUUAUCCCUUUUUUCGGUCCAAAUAAAAACAAAACAAUCAGAAGAA